UCUGAGACCCUCCCUCCUUUUUUUGCAGAGAUUUCUAAGUAAACGAUGGCAUCUGAGGCAGAGGUCAGUGCUUUUCAGGCAUUAUACAGUGAUCUGAAGGAUGUCCUAAAGAGUGGAGUAGGUGAUCUAACAGAUAAAGCUUUCUCAAAAGGACUCAUCUCAGAAGAAGUGAAAAGCCAAGUCACAAGUCGGCUUGUGAGUCUCACUGAAGGAGAGAGGACACAGAUUUUUCUGGAUGCCAUUAAUAACAGGAUUAAAGUAGACAGAAGUGCUUUUGAAGACUUUCUUACAAUUCUGGAAGAUGAACCAGCAUUCAGUACGAUUGGGCAAAGGCUGAAAAAACAGUCAACUAAAAUUGAUGUGCAGCAAUCCAAAGCCAAUGUCAAUGGAAUUUCUAAACGGAACACAGCUAUACUGGUUGCUCUACUGUGUUUAGGAAUUGGACUGUACUUGUUUUGGUAUCCGCCAGCUUCUGUGAACAUCAACAAACCCAAAGUGGACGGAAUUAGCAUACAAAGCUCUACUGAUCUACAAGAAUACAGAGAAUCUAUCCAGCAAAAUCUUCCGAAAAUGAGCGAACCAUUUAUUGGUCGAGCUGAUUACUUGAGAACGCUCAUUAAACACACUCUUCGUAAUUCUAUUCGUGUCACCAAUAUAAAUGGUCCACCGGCUUUUGGGAAAUCACGGCUAGCUAUUAGACUUGGUGAAAUGUUGUUGGAGAAACACACAGACAUUAUUAAGAUUGUUCGGUACGUGGACACUGAAACAGCUAGUCAAUCAGAAUAUAUUUGUUCUAAAUCCAAAAUGGAAGGCUCCCCAAGUAUGAAAUCACUCACUAACGUGAAAGAACCACAAGAAAGCACUACAUCGAGUAAUGAUAUGAGUUUAUGCCAGUGGAUCAGAGAAUUAAAACAGCGUUCAAUUCUUAUAUUAGACAACUGUGACCAUAUCCUGCAUAACGAUUACGAACAUUUCACCAACAUUAUAAACGAUCAUUUGAACGAACAUAACACAACAUUGACCAUUGUAAUAGUUUCCCAAGAGAAACUUUUCUUUACAAGUACAAGUUUUUUUGCUUUACACAUCAAGGAAUUGUCGGCAGAGGAUUCUAGAGCAAUGUUGAAGUAUUAUGUGCCCAUUAUCAAUGACGAGCAAGCAGACCAGCUCUCAAUUGCUGUUGGCCAAUGUCCGUUAGCACUUAAAGUUGUGGGAAGGCUGCUUCAGGAAAGAGGAAUAGACAACUUUGGGUCUCUGCUAAAAGAUUUAAAUGAUCAGCCAGUCCGAAUUUUGUCAAACAAAGUGACCAUUGAGGAAGAAAAAUUCCGUACAGUUAUGGAUAUUGCUUACAAACAUUUGGACAAACGUACUCAAACAUGCAGUAGACUUUUUAGCCAAUUUCCAGGACCAACCAGCUAUAAAAUGGAAGAGACGGUUCUAGGAUCAGUUGUGGAUAUUGAAUGUGUUGACGAUGUAAUUCGCAAGUCGUUGAUUGAGGAGAUUUACAUUGGUGAUGAAACAAGACAUUCAAUGCACAAAUUAAUCAGGAAGUAUCUUGAUGAAAUGGUUGAAUACAAAUAUUGGGAGGGUUUUAGAAGGAAAUUCAUUGAUUUUUAUUCUAACUAUUUAAUGCAACUUCUGAAACGUCAAUAUGGACAGUCUGAGAAGUUAAAUGAUAAGGAGGACUUUACUAUCAAAUAUUUAGAACGUCUCAAUAUAGACCAUUUUCAAACAGUUCUUUCGGAGAUAAAAAAUGAUCCUCUAGAAGUGGACAAGGUGUUAGCUGUCAGCUAUUUAAUUCAAGAGGAUCUACUCAAUAGUGAUCCAUUUGUGGCAGGACGAAUAUUAUUUGCAGCUCACAACUCUUACAAAGAGCUAUCGAUGUUUAAAACAGUUUGCACUUACUCGUCUGAUGUCAUCUGUGCCAGAAUAUUGUGGAAAGUGUUUGUCGACAUCGGAGCUUCCAAAUGUGCAAACAUCGUUCGUACGAAAGAUUUCUGUGAUUCACUGCUUGACUGCAAAAAUUUGACCGCAUUGAAACAUCAAAAUACAUUUGAUUUAAUUCAGAAAGCAGUCAUCACCGAUUAUAACUAUACAUCCGAUAACCUUCAAAUGUUAUUUUUUGAAAAACUUACCGAAAAUUUCCAUGAAUGCGAACUUUCAAGUUGGCGUCUGAUACAACUAGCAAAAUUUAUCCCAUGGUUAAUGGGUGAAAGUACAUUAUUAGCGGGUGCAAUACUUGGCACGGCACUAAUUUUGUUUGGUGUUGUGAGCUUAGUGAAGUGCUGCAGGAACCCACCCUCCGUACGCUCUGCUACUGCAUCAAUAGUUAAUUUGGGGAAGAAAAGGGGAUGCUGCACACACUGGAAAAAAAUAUUGGAGUGUGUUGGGGGUAUUAUUAUUUAUAUUUUUAUUUUUAUUUAUUUAGAGCCAAUUAGCAAUAUAACAAGGGCUAUUUAUUUGAGUAUAAUAAAAAUAUUGUAUUAUUUUUUUAGCGUUCUUGAUGGAUAUGUUUCAGAAUCUGUGGAUACAGAUCUUGCUUAUUAA